GCAAAGCAGCAAGUUGUCAUAUUUCAAUCUCGUGUUCUAAUCGGAACUUCCUGAUGUCUCACGACACGUCCAUAUGUCCUACCAUAGAAUUCAAUGGGUUAUCUGGGGGCAUCUCUGCAAUGGGCUCGCAUAGGGACAAUCGCACUACUCGUAUUCAUAUUCUCGGCCCACGUUUUCGCCUACGAGGAAUUGACCGAUGAUGCGCUCCGCAAUAUACCCAGUGGUGCCGACGACUUCGAUAUUAAGACCGGCUCCUUGCUGUCGCCGAUAUUAAUACCCCGGGUACCUGGAACCCCGGGAUCCAUUGCAACACAACACCAUUUUGUCGAUUUCUUCUCGCAGCAGUUACCGGGAUGGAGGAUCGAGUGGCAUAAUUCGACAUCUAAAACUCCGGCGACAGGCGAUACAGAUAUACCAUUUACAAACCUCAUCAUUACGCGCGAUCCACCAUGGGCCCAAGUUGGUGAUGUCGGCCGGCUGACGCUAGUCGCGCAUUAUGAUAGUCUGUAUCACCCGGAGGGAUUCAUCGGUGCCACGGAUAGCGCUGCUCCUUGCGCGGUGCUGAUGCAUGUAGCCCGUAGCAUCGACAAGGCUCUAACGAAGAAGUGGGAGGCCAUGGAAGCUUCUGGGGACGCUGGCUUAGGAAUGGAUGAUGAGAAGGGUGUUCAAAUUUUGCUACUGGACGGAGAAGAAGCUUGGGUUACUUGGACUGAUACGGAUUCACUCUACGGCUCAAGGGCACUAGCCGAGAGUUGGGAAUCCGAAGUACACCCAGCUCUGUCAACGUUCCGGACUCCUCUUGACUCGAUCAGUCUUUUUCUACUCUUGGAUCUUCUUGGAGCAGCCGAACCACAUGUUCCCUCGUACUUUCUACCCACGCACUGGGCGUAUCAGAACAUGGCUAAGAUAGAGGAAAGGAUGCGGAAGCUGGAUCUUCUGAAUUCGAAGUCGAAGAAAACAUUCCUCCCAGAUUCCGAGAAACAUGUAUCGCAAUUCUCUCAAGCGUAUGUUUUGGAUGAUCAUGUGCCUUUCCUGAUCCGGGGGGUCAAUGUGCUUCAUGUUAUCCCCUCACCUUUCCCAGAUACCUGGCAUACUAUGGAAGACGAUGGUGAUCAUUUGGAUAUACCAACUCUCGGAGAUUGGGCUAAGAUUGUUACAGCAUUUGCUGCAGAGUGGAUGGAAUUGGAUGAAUUUAUGAGUAAAUCGCUCUCAUCGAGAGAAGAAGGGGCAGUCAGAGACAGGACGGAGUUAUGAAGCAAGCGUUGUCGACAAUACCCAAUUGAUUCACUCUGCAGCAUCAAGGAAUUGAACUUUUAAUACGAGCAACUUAGAUAACACAUUGGAUAAAGUUUUAGUUUUCCAAUAUGGCUUCAUAUUGCAUUGUAUAGUAAUACAUUCCCUGAAAAAUACAAUGAGGAAUCGUAUUCCAUUGAAUAAA